AUGAAAUUAUUAUUAUCAAUUUUAUUCAUUGCAUUAUGUCUAUCGAUUGCAAAGGCAAGUGUACCAGAUGUUUCAAAUUCAUAUUUGGGAGCUGGUGAUCCUGGUGUUUCUCAUUUCCCAUCGUAUCUGGGUCUAAAGAUGCAUAUUCGUUGCUAUGCCAAUGUGACCACUGCCAAUCAAAACGGACCUAUUGCCUUAUUUGACGCCGGUCUUCCAUUCUUUUCGACUGCUUGGGUUUCCAUCAUUCCAUCGGUUCUCCAAAACAUGCCAGCCUGGAACAUUAGCAAAGCCUGCUUUAUGGACCGUUACGGAUACGGUUGGAGUGACGUUUCGCCAAUUCCAGUUAUUACUCAAGACUAUGUCAUGCGUCUCCAUGGUUCUCUCGCAGUUGCCGGUCUCACUGGAAAAUACAUCCUCGUUGGUUGGUCUUGGGGAUCGAUCUUUGUCCAAACCUUCUCGCUCACCUAUCCCAAAGAAGUAGUCGGAAUUUUGACAGUAGAUGGAACUGACAGUAAAUGGGGAUUGAUUCCAUCCAACCAACAAGCUGUACUAGUCUACACUGAUGUGAUGCGUGGAUACAUCAAUAUGAACAAUAUGGGUACUCUUGAACCAUUGGCUAGAUCUGGAUUAGUAUAUUCCUACUAUGGAUGGUUACCAAAUGAAUUGGUCUCUUCUGGAUACACUCCAUGUUCUCUCAACGCCUCUCAAGAAGUUCUACUUGACACUACCAACAAAUUCCUCAAGACCGCUCUCCAAGAGUACAACAUCAUGGUCAUCUCUUCUGCACUUCUCAACUUUACCUAUGCCAUCAAAGGUCCAAACCCACUCAAGGAUUUGCCAUACGUCAAUGUCUACAGUUCCUACGACACUGAUCCCGAAUGGACCACCCGUCAAACAUUCAUGGCUUCUCUCUCUUCCAACUCAUUGGCUGUUCAAUUCACAACUGGCCAUUUCUUUGUUUUCCAUAACCCAACUGCCAUUGUCUCUGGUCUAACUGCUCUUACCAACAAAAUUGCUACCAACCCUGCUCAACAAUGGGGUCAAGGUAAUGGUUUCUUUUACAACUAA